AUGGCAUCUCAGGGUCAGGGCAACAAGCUCACUGUUUCCACAUCACCAAAGAGUGACAGUGGUAGCGGUGGUGGCAGCGGCGGCGGCGGCGCGGCGGGAUCGCUGCCGAAAGGGCAGUGUUUGUGCUCACCAACGACACAUGAAGGGUCCUUCCGGUGUCGUUUGCAUCGUGGCCCUGCAGCAUCACCAUGGAUGAAACGCUCCAAAUCCAUGCCUGCUAAUAAGCAUGUAGUUUCUGACUCCACUUGCUGA